CUGCAGGUCCGGGUUAGGCCACGCCCCCCUGGGUCCUACCUGUUGAGCGGUGCAAGAAGAAGAAGAAACUUCCCAGCUCCCACCUGAACAAAUCCUGAAGUCAAGAUGAGUCUGCCGGACUACAAAUCACCUGAGAAACAGUCUUCAGCUGCAGCUCCAGCCUCUCCAGUCGUGCAGUUGAACGUCGGUGGUCACCUGUUCACCACCUUUCUGAGCACGCUCAGGAAACACCCCGACUCCAAGCUGGCCGAGCUGUUCAGCGGUCAGCCCAAACUACGCACAGACACACAGGGACGAUACUUCUUGGACCGCGAUGGUUCACACUUCGGAGCCGUCCUCGAGUUCCUGAGAUCAGACUGUGUGCCCACAGAAAACAUCCAGGAGGUCCACAGGGAGGCGUUGUACUACAACAUCAAACCGCUGAUCAAACGUCUGGAGGAGACUCCUCGGCUGUUCGGAGAGCUGGUGGGACGGCAGCAGUUUCUCUCCAGAGUCCCUCACUACAAAGAAAACAUCGAGGUGCUGAUUCGCAUCGCCAGAGCCGAGGCCAUCGCCACCCGCCGCUCCACCAUCAUGAUCUGCGUGCUGCGGACGGAGGAGGAUUUGGGUUUCUAUGACAACGCCAUCAACAGCCUGGAGGCGGACAAGGAGUCGGUGGUGACGUUUGGACCCUGGAAGGCCGUCCCGUCCGUUAAAGACCUGCUGGACUGCGUGAAGACGGACAUCGAGGGUCAGGGCUACAGGGUGAGCAUCGAGCCGCACGUCGUGGAGAAGAGCUUCCUGUCCAGGAGCUACGACUACUUCUACAAUCUCAUAUUCACCUGGUGGUGACGAGAACACUCAAAUAACAGACAGUAUUUGAUGAGUUAUUUGUUCAAAGUUGCUGCAGUUUUUCCUAAAUGUUUGUAAGUCAUGCUGCAUGUUUUUACACCUGGGCUCUUGAUUUUGAACAUUUUAGACACCAGGGGUCAGUAAAGUAUCUGUAGAUAAUUCAUUUCAAACAUACGGGGGUUUAAGAUAAAGUCUCCUCACUUUCUCACAACGAAGACCUUUAUCUAAUGAUUAAUUUAGGUGCUCAUUUAUAUGAAUAUUGUUUCAUAUCCUGUGUAAUUCACUGAAAUCAUGUACUGCUGCUCAGUUUUAAUAAACAACACCAGUCUGACUGUCCUAUUUA